GUACAUUUCGACGUUGUACUCUCUAAAUACCCAGGUAAUCCGUUACAUACCCCAGCAUGCGUGUACUAGUUCUCGGUGGCACGGGGGCUAUCGGCCUGCUCCAAAUUCGCGACUUACUCGAGGCGGAACAUACUGUCGUUGUCUAUGCACGCUCUCCGCAGAAGUUACCCGACGAUAUCACCAACAAUCCAAACGUGACCGUCAUUAAAGGCGAGCUCAAUGAUGUCGACACAAUUGCUAUGGCGUUGGAGGGUGUCGAGGCCGUUGUUUCUUCCCUUGGCCCGACUGCUUCCAAUCCUCCAGACACGCCCCUUGCGAAGGGUUACUCGGUCUUCAUUAAAUGCAUGCGCGAGGCUGGAAUAAAGCGACUCAUUGCUCUUGGUACCGCAUCGAUCACGGACGAACUCGACCAGAAGGAUUCCGUAUUCUGGCUGGCCGUCCAAGCCGUAAAAUACGGCGCUCGAAAUGCAUACAAGGACAUCGUAGCCGUCGGCCAAACCAUCCGCAACGAAGGAGCUGAUCUCGACUGGACGAUUGCACGCGUGCCGAUUCUCACAAAUGGCCAGACUCGCGAAUACCAAGCAGGAUACCUCGGUGACGGGAAACGGAACACGACUCUUACCCGAAUUGGAUUUUCGACUUUCGUCGUUGAUGAGCUCAAGGUGAAUGAAUGGAUUAAGAAGGCACCAUUCCUGUCGGUGCCUUGAAGGACCUGUGUAUAGAUUCAAGGACUUUGAAUUCUUAUUGUGUCAUGCUCAUACUGUAUUUUAAUGCACCAACUGUUGUUACUCGAAUGUCACCUCAUGCACGC